GAUAUAUUAUCGUCCGCUCGUCGCAAUAUCUACAUUCGAGACUUGAACCGCUUAUCGAAGAUGUAACGAAUAGUAGGUCUAUUUUUAAAACGACAGAAUAUCUUAUCAGUGCAUCAGUGACCAGAUAAGACCUACCACAGCGGCUAUCGAUUCCGCCGUCAGUGAAUCAGUUGCGUGCGGCCAACAUUUCGAGGUGCAGUGAAAGUAGUCAAAUGGAGCUACUGGAAAUUUGUCUGCUGCUAAUUACAAUCGGUUCCAUUUCAGCUCACCUGACCAAUGGAACAUUUCACAAUGGGACCUACCAUAAUGGAACUCUGCAGCAUCCGUUCCUAAAUAACACAAACAUUACGCUUCCUGUCCCGCUUAGUACUGGUAGUUACCUUCCUCCAUUGGUAACGGUCCCGCCGCAGUCCCGCCCUUCCGUUAUUCCACUGUACAAACAUCCGCACUAUGAUGAAAGUGGGACCGCUCUGUGGUUCCCUCGAAUUGUCGGUGGAACACCGGCUACCUUCGGCGAAUUCCCGUCGAAAGUUUCCAUACAAUUGGUACAAAACUCAGCGCACUUCUGCGGCGGUACCUUGCUCACUAUGAAGCACGUGUUGACAGCGGCACAUUGCGUGACCAACGACGAAGGCAUUCCGUGGAGUCCUUCUAGGAUUCAAGCUAUGGCCGACGACCUUAACGUUCUACCCAAAAUGGCCAGUUCAAGUCGUCAAAUACGACAGGUCAAACAGCUCGUAAUCCACGACAAAUAUCGUCCGUCAACGCUGGAAAAUGAUAUCGCCGUUGCGAGGCUGGUUAGCGAAUUCACCAAAACCAACUCGCUUUAUCCGUCCAAACGAGUUUCCAGCGUCCCGGCAGCUGGCGAGCUUUGCGUCUUGGCUGGCUGGGGAGUUACAGCGGAACACUCACAAACGGUUAGUCCAACUCUGCAGAGAGUCAAUCUAGCGGUGGUCGACUUCGAUCGCUGUAAUCUCGCCUAUCAGGGAUCCCUAACGAGGGGUAUGAUGUGUGCCGGUGCACCCGGUAGAGAUGCUUGUCAGGGUGAUUCGGGCGGGGCUCUGAUGUGCCAGAAUCGGGUAGCCGGUGUGGUGAGCUUUGGUGCUGGCUGUGCGCAUCCGGAUUUCCCCGGGGUUUACAUGGAUGUGGCGCACUUUGAGAAGUGGAUCGGGAAGGCUCUGAGCGGCGGGGUCGGGCGAUUGGCUGUACUUAACGGUUGGAGUGCACUUGUUUUUGUGGUUGUUUGGAUAAAGAUGCUGACGCGUGAGUGUCUUUUUCGCGACUGGUGUUGAAAGUGUGAUAACAAAAUUAUAUCAGGUUUGUUACAUCAUUUUAUUUUAAUCUUGGCUUCAUAAAAAGAAAAUUCUGGUUGAUAAUGUAAUCAUCGCUGACUAAGCAACUAAGGACAUAUACAACACACUCGAAUAAUAAAUUAGAAUGAUAA